CUGAAUGAAUAGAACCCUUCUGUCGUGUAUUUCUAGCAAAUAAUGCAUUAAUUUUGCCAGACGCUUAUUUAAAAACCCAUAAUAUUUCCACAACGUGCGAGAUAUGACGUCACGAACUAGAAACUAAUCAGAGAGCAAGUUUAUGAAACGUCAUAGAUGAAGAGCCAAUGGGAGGCAGCGGUGUUGUAGUGUGUUGUGUAUGGUUAAACCUUCGUUGAUUCUCAAGCAGGAAUAAAUUAUAUAGUUGGUUUUACUUGUUAGUUUAUCAGUGUGUUAGUUUUUAAAUAAAAUAUUACUUUGAAACAGUUUAGUGUUUGUGAAAAGUUUUGAUAGUGCUGUAGAAGCUACUUUUGUGAAUCAGAAAUUGUAUGGAUCUGUAGUGUUUGAUGCAGAGGGUUAUCUGAUGGCGAUAUAACCUAUAUGCAUUGUGAUAUAGUAUAAGAGUAGACAGGAAAAAUUACUCUAAUCAAAAAUAACCUUACUUGAAAAUCAAAUGUUAGUGCAUUAGUAAACGUAAGUCGAAAAGAUUGUUCUUACAGUAGAACAUUGCGUAAGAUUAUGCAUAGGCUAUAACAUUAGCAAAGAAACCUUACACCGAGUGAGCGUACACGCUAGUGUAGUGUCACUAGUGGGAGGAACGUUUUUACUAGUGUGUAGAAGAGUUGGGUCACCAUGUUAUUGUACGCUCGUAAGAAGUUCCUGCGUGAUGAGCGUGUGCUGCAGCUUGUUCUGCUGCUGAGCCUGCUCCGUGGUGAUCCCGACACCCUGCUAGGCCCCGGGGGCGGCUCACCACUAGCUGACCUCCCCCAUGACCUCAUCCUGGGUUCAUCACUGGGCCACGCACGCCCCUCCUCACCCGUCAUCAUCGGCGCCGAGCUUCAUCCCAAAAGCCUGGAUCGCAUCCUUGCGGACUACCAGCGUUCCGUCUUGGAUGAUCUGCACGCCUUGGGUCGCUACACGUCGCAGCAACAGGCGCACGUCCGCGACGUGCAGGCAUACCUGCUUAACUCACACACCUCCCUCCCUUCCCCGUCCACCGCCGACACACCCGAUCACCACCACCAGCCACCUACCUCGCCGCCUACCCAGCCCAAUCACCUCUUGCCUGACCCACCACCACCAGACUACAACCUCUCUGAUGACCUCACCCCGGAGGAUUUGGCUCUAAUUGAGGCAUUGUGGAAGCAAGAUGUUGAUUUGGGAGUGCCCCGAGAGUUAUUUGACGAUGAUGUGGAAACAGUCAAUGAUGCCCAAACCAAGGAUAAGGACCAUGGCAAAAAGCCCAAAGGUGAUACAAGGAUCGAUGAAAAAUCUGCUGAAAACAUGUGGUUACAGCUCAACUUCACUAUUGACUCUGAAACAGGUGAGCAGUUACUCUCACCUGAGAGUCAAAUCAGUGGAGGAGACGUGAUUUUUGAGCCAGUGUCACCCCUUAAUUCACCUUCCUUCACUCUCAACGAGACAGUGCCAGAGUUUAACCUUGAUUUCAACCUUGACGAGGCUCUUAAGUUUGUUGGACUCAAUUGUUCUGAGACUGGAGAGACAAUUUGGAAGUCACCCGAAUCUGUCAACACAGACGAGCUUGUCAAGGAGGUUGCAGGGAAGGAAAAGGAGGAAAGUGAAGACAACUUGGACGUACUGAACGAUAGCCUGGACGACAUGAUCCAGGCCUCCCAGCUUCACUCGCAUCACCCGCGAUCACUACAGCUUGAAGUCAGUCUGAACCCUUCUUUAAGUAAACUCCACCACAGCUGAAAGUUUGAAGGAAGGGAAGUAGAGGACACUCACAUUCACCAACACUGCAUGAAACUUCCCCUAGUUACAGUACACUAGUGCUGAAAAUGUGAAACACUGGAUGAAGUGUCCUCAAGUAUUAAAUGAAAGUUUUGGAAGGAAAAAAAAAUAAAGGUACUCCUUCAGGGACACCUAAUGAUAGAGAAAAUAUGCAAAUCGUUGAAGCACAUGGUUGGCCAUUUAACAAAUUACCAAGUUUCACUAUACAUAUUUUAACUCAGUACAACUAAAAUUACUAAAGAAAUGUACAUUACUGUAAAAUAAAUUUUAUGCAGCUGAGUUAAACUACAAAGGUAGGUUUAUCGAUGGAGAUUUUUUGAGAAGAUUAACCCUUAAACUGUCCAAACGUAGAUCUACGUUU